AUGCUAAUAAAUAAAAGAAAAAGAAGAAAAGCAUACAUAUACAACGACGGAUAUGAAUAUAUAAAUAAAAAAAUAAAAAACAAAUUUAUAUUUAUAUGUUUAAUAGCGGUUGGAGGGUUUUCAUGUGUAUAUAAAAUAAAGAAGAAAGAAAAAAAAGAAAAAAAAGGAAAAAAGAAAAAAGAGAAAUACUAUUAUGAUCAGAAACAAAAUUGUAAGGACAAAUUUUAUGCUUUAAAGAAAAUAAAAUUUCAUGCAAAUCCAAAAAAUUUAAAAGAACAAAUUUUAUUAAAUUUAAGAGAAAUCAAAUAUUUAAACCUCUUGAAAAAAUAUACAAAUAUCGUUUACCCACAUGAAUACUGGAUAGAAAUUUAUAAACCUUUUUACAAACAAAAGAAAAUUAAAUCAGAUAAGAAAAAAAAAAAUAAGAAAAAAAUAAAGAAACAAAAGUUAUCCUUAUUUAAAGAUACUAUCAAAAUUAUUAAGAAGAGAAAAAAAGACAAGUUAAAAAAAAAAAAAAAAAUCGAAUUUUUUUUUAAAAACAUUCAAUAUUCUAGUGAUACAGAUGAUAUCAAAAUUACCUUUGAAGAUGCUCAUCCAGAAAAAGUAAAAAAUAAUAAUAAUAUAAAAGAUAUAAAAUAUAUAAAAAAAAAAGUACAAAAAGAUUAUAAAAAGAAUAAUAAAAAGAAUGACAAGAAUAAUGUGAAUAAGAAUAACACAUAUAAUAACAAAUACAAAGUUGUUAUCAAUAAAAUUAUUGGAAAAAAAUAUAUAAUAAAUAAAAUAAAAAUCAAUAGGAAUAAAAAAAUAUAUAUAUAUAGACAUAUGUAUGGACAUAUAUAUGGACAUAUGUAUGGACAUAUGUAUGAUCUCUUUAAUAUAAACAAGAAUUCAUAUUAUACAUAUAAUAAUAAUAAUAAUAAUAAUAACAAUGAUAAAUUCAAAUCAUUAAAAGGGUUAAAAAGAAAUAAUCUUUUUAUAAAUAAAAAUCAAACUAUUCCUUAUCCUUCUUCUUGUUAUUAUUAUUCAUCUCAUACAACAAACAAAUUUAAAUCCUUAAACGAAAAACAGUUUACGUAUGUAAGCUCCUUCUCUUCUCAUAUGUGGUGUACCGCCUCUCGAAGAAAAACUUUCUCGUACAAUCAAAAGGAUAAUUAUCAGGAAAUAAAAAAAUUAAAUAAAUAUUAUAAUUACAAGUCUUCAAAUUUUUUAGAUAAACAAAUAUUAAAUAAACAAUCGAUGUUUUAUCAAAACAAAAUUAACAACAAAAAAAACGAUCACAACGUUGUAUUAAAAACAUUACAAACAUUUUAUGAUGAUACAUAUAUAUAUAAUUUAGAAAAUGUAGACACCCAAGAAACAAAACAAUAUAGUAACUAUAAUAAUAUAGAAAAUGUAAAAAAUGUAAAAAAUGUAAAAAAUGUAGAAAAUGUAAAAAAUGUAGAAAAUGUAGAAAAUAUAGAAGAUAUGAAGAAAAAAAAAAAAAACAAAUUUGUUAUAUACAAUAAUAUAUAUACUAUGCAAAAUAUAAAAUAUACAUCAUACAAAUCAAAUGUAUUUUUUAUAGAUCACGAUGUUAAUAUUUGUAAUUCUUAUAGCCUACCAAAUAUUUUUACUUGUAAAACAAAAAAUAAACAUAAUGCUUUCUUCUUUCCAAGACACACCAAAUUUAAUAACAGACCAUCAAAAAAUAAGAAAUAUAGGUUAUCACAAAGAAAAUAUUACAUCAAUAAUUAUAAAAAUAAAGGAAUCAAAUUUAAGCUUAAGAAAAUAAUCAGGAAAAUGUUUCAGAUGAAAAAUAAGUUACGAUGUGUUACUGGUACCUAUAUUAAUAAUUAUAAAAUUGGUAAAACAAUUGUAAAAAAUAAUAAAAAAAAUAUAAAAAAUAAUAAUAAUAAUAAGAAGAACAAUAAUAAUAACACGAAUAAGAAGAAAUAUUAUUUUUACAAUCAACAUAGUCCUUGUAUAGAUAUCUUUAAAAAGACCAAAAGAAGGAAGAAGAAGAAAAAAAAAAAAAAAAAAAAAAAAAAAAUUACAUUUAUUAACCUUCUUUUUAAUAAUCAAAUUAAAUAUCAAACAAAAAAUUGUAAAAACAAAAUAAAUAAUAUACAAUCAAGAGAAUGUGCUCAUAAAAUAUUAUCAUGUCAUCAUGUUUUUAUUUUACUUUAUUAUAUAUAUAAAAAUAAAACAUCCAUUUCAGAAUUAUUAUAUGAACAAUAUAUAAAUAAUAUAAAAAAGAAUUUUUUGAUUAAUAAAUUAAUUAAUUUAUAUAUACCCAUCUAUAAUUAUUCAGAAUAUUCUUUUAAUAUAUCCUUCAUAUAUUAUAUCUUAUCAAAUAAAAAAAGAAAACAAUUCAAACCAACAAAUAUAUUAUCACCACAAGUAUACUCCUAUUUUUAUUACUCCAACGUAUUAUUUGGUUCUCGUUAUGUUCAUCAAAAAAAAAAAAUUCAUAGAAACAUACACAAAAGCAAACUUAGUAAUAUGUAUGCACAUUUAUCCAACUUGGAUUUAUUUUUAUGUUAUAGGAAUAAACAUAUUUACAAAUAUAUUAAAAAAAGACAAGCUCUUUUUAAUUUUUUUUUUUAUAAAAGAUCAUAUAUUACUCAUUAUGAAAAAUAUUUUACCAAUAAACAUUUUAUAAAGACACAGAAAAGUCAAUUAAAACAUUUCACUCGACGUCCUACUUUAAAAAUGUCAGAAAAUAAUUACUCAUCUAAAAAUUAUAUUUUAAAAAAAUGUUAUAUGUUUAAAAUAAAAAAAAAAAUUGUCAAAAAUGUAAACAUAAGAAGAAAUAAAAAUAUGUGCAUGUAUUUAUCUUAUGUAAUACAUAUUAUUAAAAGUCAUAACUUAUGUAACAAAAUAAAUAAGGAAUUUAAUAAACAACUUACAAAUAAUGUAUGUAAAAAAAAGGUAGCUAGACAAAUAAUUCUUGAUAUAUUUUAUAAUAAGACACAUCCAAGGCACCACAUAAUUAAAUACACAUAUAAUUUUUAUAAGAAAAAUAUAUGUUUAUCAGGUUGUAAGAAGCGAAUUUUUUUAAAAAUAUACUGUUUUCAUAAAGGUGGUUAUGUUUUUUCAAGAUUGUAUGGAAGAGAAAUUAAAAAAAAAAAAAAAAUUGAAAGAAUAAGAAAUAUACAGGUUCAAAAACAAAUGGAUUAUAAAUCUCGACCAUUCAUAAAUAACAAAAGAUCUUCAAAAAUUUCAAAACAAAUCAUAUAUUUUUCAUUAAAUAUAAUUUUGAAAAAUUAUAUAGAUUAUAUAUUAAGGAAAAGAUAUUUUUUAUGUUCAUAUGAUCAUAAUUUAAUUGAAAGAAAAUGGUUAAUGUAUUAUUUCACAAAAGUUGUAUCCAAAUAUUUUUUAAAUCCAAGAAAGGAUAAUAAUAAUAAUAAUAUCAUGUUUAAUAAUAAUAAUAUCAUGUUUAAUAAUAAUAAUAUCAUGUUUCAUAAUAAUAAUAUCAUGUUUCAUAAUAAUAAUAUCAUGUUUCAUAAUAAUAAUAUCAUGUUUCAUAAUAAUAAUAGCAUGUUUAAUAAUAAUAAUAUCAUGUUUCAUAAUAAUAAUAUCAUGUUUCAUAAUAAUAAUAUCAUGUUUAAUAAUAAUAAUAUCAUGUUUCAUAAUAAUUUUAUUGUUAAUAAUUAUAUGGACAAGUACAAAAAUAUGUUCAUAAAAUCAUGUAAUGAUAAAAGCAUUCCCUACCAAAUGCUUGCGAAUUUACAAAAUGAAUAUUAUUUAUCAAAAGGUAAUAAUAAUAAAAUGAAUAUAACAACCACUUAUUUAUAUAUGAAAAUAAGGAAGAUAUUAAAUAAAUAUUCUAAAAGAAAUGAAGAAAAAAAAAAUAUUUUGAAAGGUAAAUAUUGUUACAACAAUGGAAACUUUGCUCUAUUAUCAUAUAUAAAUAAGAAACAUAAACAUAAUAAAAGAUAUCACCAGAUUAAAGAAAAGAAUGGAAAUAAUAAAGAGACAAAAUAUAAAUUUAACUUAUAUAUAAGAAUGGAAUAUUGUAAAAGUACACUAGAAAAUUAUAUUAACACAAGGGAAAAUAUGAAUAUUAAUAGAAAUUACGAAAUAAUACAAAUGAUAAUAUUAGGUUUAUACUCUAUUCACAAUAAUAACAUUAUGCAUAGAGAUUUGAAACCUUCGAAUAUUUUUAUUUCCGAUAACAAUAUUGUUAAGAUAGGGGACUUUGGGUUAGCAUCAUAUGAUUAUACUUAUCCAAAAAAUAGAAAAAGAAAAAAGAGAAAAAGAAAAUCAAGUAACUUGUCAUAUGAAUAUAAUAUACGAAAAACUAAUAUAUUAAAUUUGCAAAAAAAUAAUACUCCUUUCAAUAUAGAUAAAUAUAAUAACAAUAUUAUAAGGAAAAAAAAAGAAAUCUUAUUUAAAAAUUGCUGUACUAAAAAUAAUAUACCCACAAAAGAAAUUAACAGUAAUUCCUCAUUUCAAUAUUUUACAAAAAAAAAAAAAAAAAAAAAAAAUGUUCAUGAUCAUCAUACUUUAGGAAUAGGAACAAAAAUAUAUGCAGCUCCAGAACAAUUAAUAGGAAAUAAAUAUACAAAAGCAGUUGAUAUGUUUUCACUCGGUUUAAUUAUAGUAGAUUUAUUUACUAUAACAAAAACAAAUAUGGAAAGAAUGAAAAUCUUAUGUAAUGCUAGACAUAGGAUUUUACCUGACUUGUUAAUAAAAAACCAUCCUCAGGUAGCCAAAUUGUGUCAAAAUUUAUUAUCGCUAGAUUAUCAUUUAAGAUGGACAUCAGAAGAAUUAUAUAAGAAAAAAAAAAAUAUAUAUAUAUAUUGA